CGUGUGCUGUGGAAACAGCUGAGAUGAAAACAAGAGACGCGUUUCACGUCUCUUAUAAUGUAGUCCUGCAAGUUCCAGACAGUUAGUGCACCAUGAGCUCUCCACCUGCGAACGGUGAUUUUGUGCCGCCGUUGGAGAAAGUACAAGAAGAGAACAGCUGCUCUGAAGAUAAAAAUGAUGGUGCUAUGUUGCCGAGCACCAGCGAAAUAAAGAGCUGUGCUGUGGUCAAGUACUCCGCUGCCCCACCGCCCACCAGCUAUGCCCUUCCUCAGGAGAAGACAGACCUCAAGUUACCUCCUACUAACUGGUUAAGAGACAACCCACAGCUUGGCAGUGCAGGGGCCACUUCGCUGGGCUCCAGCAGCAAGAGCAAACCCUUUUCCAGUUUUGGAAUGGCGUACGAUUUCAUAGAUUGUAUAGGGGAUGAUGUGGACGUUGUGGCUGAUUCUGAGAACAUCAAGAAGCUUUUGAAAAUUCCUUAUAGCAAGUCACACGUCAGUAUGGCUGUCCACCGUGUGGGCCGAACUCUGCUGUUGGAUGAGUUAGACAUUCAGGAGCUCUUCAUGAGAUCUUCACAGACAGGUGACUGGACGUGGCUGAAGGAAUUCUAUCAGAGAUUGAUUGAUCAGAAGUGGCAAAGGAAAAAAAAGAGUAAAGAACAUUGGUAUCAGAAGGCUAUUUUGUCAAAGUUUCUUUAUUACAGUAUAAAUGGCGAUGCUGCUGCUGAGCCUGUCUCAGACAAUUUUGAUGAGGAUGAUAAAACUGGGUCAGAGGACUACAGCUCUUCUUGGCCAAACACCAUCGCAGGCUCUUCUGUCACUGAGGGAUCAGCUGAUCAUAAGCAGGUGCAGGAAAGUGUUCCAGAUGAUAGCAUCUUUGCCUUGGACCAAGUGACUUUGACACCGAAAGAGCAGAAUCUACUCACUCUUUUCAAUGAAGGAGAGAAUAGUCAGGGUUUGAGAAAUGACUUUGUGCGCAACAUCAUGUGGACGUUUGAGGAUAUCCACAUGCUGGUGGGGUCGAACAUGCCCAUCUUUGGAGGUGGUCGUUACCCCGCUGUCAGUCUGAGACUCAGGGACAACAAUAAACCCAUCAAUAUUCUCACAGGGAUCGACUACUGGCUGGACAAUCUCAUGUGCAAUGUCCCUGAGCUCGUCAUGUGCUUUCACGUUAAUGGGAUUGUCCAGAAAUAUGAGAUGAUAAAGACGGAGGACAUUCCUCACCUGGAGAACUCGACCUUCUCCACCAGAGUGGUCAAAGACAUUGCGCAGAACAUCCUCUCCUUCCUAAAGUCCAACUGCACCAAAGAGGGCCACACCUACUGGCUUUUCAAAGCGAGUGGCAGUGACAUUGUGAAGCUUUACGACCUCACAACGCUGUGUGAGGAGGCUGAGGAGGAGAAGUAUCAGAAUCCCUUCACUCUCCCUGUGGCUGUGCUGCUGUACAAAGUUGCCAGAAAUCUCAUGCUGAAGGCCAGGCAGAACAGGAAGCACUACGGCACCAUCAGGACUCUGCUCCUUAACUGUGUCAAGCUUCUCGACGAGGAGAGACAUCCACAGAUCAUCGCCUCGGCUCACUACAUGCUGUCAGAGCUGUUCCAGCUCGACGAGCUUCCCGAGGAGGAUGAGAAGGAGUCGCUCGGAGCGGGUGGCUCGGAGGAUAGCUACAGCGACGAAGACGCCGUGGAAGACGAGGAGGAUGACGAGGAGUUGAAGGACGACAGCGAUGACAACUGCUUCAGUAACGGCUCCAGCUCGCAGGACGACAGCAAAGCCGUUGCUGUCAUUCACUCUGUAGAGGAGCUGUCUGUUCCUGAGAAAUACAAAUCCACACAACUGAUCAGACCGAAUUGUGCUUUCCCCGUCUCUCAAGACAAGGAGGAGCGAUGCCGACAUGUGCUGAGCUGCGUGCUGAAGGGUUUAAAAGCAGUCGACGGCAGCAUCAAGAAGGAGAGUGACCUCCCUGCUGCCGACCCCAGCACGCCCAUCCCUCUGAAAUAUGAGGACAGAAGUGCCAUCGGAGCCUGUGCCGCCGAGAAGGGAAUCUCGCUCCUCAUCGAUAGAGCUGGGCCUCUUCAGGGGAACCAGAAACACCCCACUCGAUCUGGGAUGAUUCCAGGCUCGUGGCAGCACCACAUGAAGCUGCAGCUCUUCCUCAAAGCUUCCAAAGCGUAUUACGUUCUGUCCGAUGCGGCGACAAAUCUGCUGAAGUACGGCCGAGCCCUGCGCUACAUCAAGCUCUCGCUGCAGUGCUAUGAUGCCUACUGUUCAGUCAGCGGCACGCUGCACCCUCAUGUUCUGCACUUUCAUAGCCAGUGUUUGUCCUUGUGUGGGGACAUCCAGUUGAUGUUGGCCCAAAACUCCAACAACCGCGCAGCAUACCAGGAGGAAUACAGCUACCAGACCAAGGACGACCAGGAGAUCCUCCACAGCCUCCACAGGGAGAGCAGCUGCCAGGCGUUCACCAUGGCGACGGACAUGGCCACCGACCCGGAGUACCAGCUGUUUGUCAGCAGCAAAUGCUAUGAAGCAGCGUACGAGCUGCUUGUGUCGGAUGUUCUGAAGGAUGACUCGUCCGAUCAGCUGGCUCAGGUGCUGAAGAGACUCGGAAACAUCCGGAAUGAGAUGGGCGUGUUCUACAUGAACCAGGCGGCAACCAUGCUGUCAGAGAAAGAAGUCAGGUGCUCUGUGUCUGCAGCAGAGCAGGAAAUGUGGAAAAAGAGUUUUGCCUUCUUUGAGAAGGGCAUGAAGAACUUUGAGGCCAUCAGCGACAGCACCAACAUGGCGCUGCUGCUGUGCAACACGGGGCGGCUGAUGAGAAUCUGCGCCCAAGCUCACUGCCUGGCAUCUGCCUCCGGGAGCAGAGGAGAGUUCUCACCAGAGGAGUCGCGCUACUACAAUAAGGCGAUCGACUAUUACCUGCGCGCCAUGAGGUCACUGGCCACCAGGGAAAACCAUCCGGGAGUGUGGGACAGUGUGAACUGGGAGCUGUCCACCACGUACUUCACUCUGGCCACACUUCAGCAGGACUAUGCUCCGCUGUCCAGAAAGGCCCAGGAGCAGGUCGAGCGCGAGGUGACAGACGCGAUGAUGAAAUCCCUCAAGUUCUGUGACCUGCUGACCGAGUCGCCCCGACAGCCACUCUACCAGUACAGAGCCGCGACCAUCCACCAUCGCCUGGGCUCCAUGUAUCACAGCUGUUAUCGGAACCAGGUUGGGAAUGAACAAAUGAGGAAGCAGCAUCGCAGCCUGGCGGAGCUGCAUUACAGUAAAGCCGUCACCUUAUUCGUCAGCCUCAGAGACGCUCCCUGCGAGCUGCUGCGCACGCUGCUGGAGAGAGUGGCGUUCGCUGAAUUCAUCAUGGCUGGGAAGACCAGCAGCGAUGCCAAGCUGAAGAGCCUGACUGCAGCUCUGGAGAUCAUGUCAGAGACCUGCCACGCCUUCAGGCUGAUCGAGAAAGAGCUGCAGGAGGAGCAGGUGAGCUUGAGUGGCACGGAUGACUGUAAGGUCACUGCUUACAUGUCUGUGGUCCUCCAGAGUGAGUCCAACAAACCAGCUGCUGUGUCUCCGGACGUGGCGUCUGGUGCUCCUCCGGGGCUGGACCUUCAGGAGGUGGUGAAGCUCAUCAGCGUGUUCGAGUCCAGCUUCUCCUUCCUGCUCUUGGAAACCAUCAGACUCUUGACAACUCAAAGGCGCAAAACAAGCCACAAGGAGGAGGAGCAGUUGAGGACGUACAAGAGUGUGUAUGCUAAACUCCUGCGCUCCGGGAAGAGCGAGUCUCUCGUCACGCGGGUCAAGCUGUACCUGGACCUCCUGCUGCAGCUGAGCCCACAAACAGGAGGUGACACACAGACAUGACAGGCGUCGACACCUGGCUCUGACCGAACCAAAGCUUCGAUCACCUUCAGCGCCUUGGACCUUUUAGCAAUGUACAUUUUGUAAAAAAAAAAAAAAAAAAAAUGAAAAUGGUAGUAAAUCAGAGGACAAGUUGAAGGUUUUUGUUAAUUUUAUGCUUUUUACUGAAGACAUUUGUGGAAGAUCUCCAACUCAGCCAAACGACAGUGUCAUUAUGUACAAAGGUGAACUCAGCCGGCCCAUUUGUGUGGGCCAUAGCAGCCCGAUUUGCUGUGACAUGGAAAUAAAGGGUUUUUAAACUGAGCAACCUUGCAUCGAUCACCAAUGCACUUCAGUGGAAAAGAGAAGUGUGUCCUGCUUGUGGCUCACUGUACGACACAGCGUUCAGCAGUCUGUUCCUCCGGGGUUCUUAUGCACUUCUGUUGGUCCUGCACGUCCUCGUUGUCCAAAAUACUCUGAAGGAGAUUCUUGCUUUCGCUCGGAGGCAGGUUGUAGAAAUAGUACUGUGGCGCCAUCUGGAGGAACCUGUGAGGAAGACCCAUUUGGUCAGGGGGACGAUCGCGGCGAUUGAAAGCGAACAGCGUGACAAAGAGAUUUAUCCCUUGUUGAGCUGCACAUUCUCACAGACCUCUGCGCCAUCCAUAAUCCCCCUCUACAUACUAAAGAGCGGGAUUAUGACAGCGUGACAAGUCUGGCCAGAAGAGGGACGUGUCAGUCAGAAUCCAGCUCUUGGUGAAUAGAGGCUCUGGAGUGCGCAACACGGAGCCUGGGCUCUGGAAUGACACGUCCAGUCGCAGGAAGCGCGUGUUACAGACAGACAAGUGGAGAGUCGGAAUCGUGUGAAAUCCUUCAUCUGUGGAGCAAGUCUGACAGAGAGAGCCAUGGCUUGACACAGUUGUGAGAAGAGUCUGACACUCAGCUGGUGGGAAGGUUUCACAAAUACUACUGAGACGCCUGAGACUUUCAUCUGUAAUAGUCCCGCACAGUCAGUAUUGAUGGACACAAUAUGUACUGCUGCGGAGAGGGCUAGGACAUUGUCAUCCGUAAGAAGAGCCCCAUGUUUUCCAUGGUCGGAAAACAUUGCACUGGUCCUGCUCCUUUUGCUGGUGAGAGAGCUUGACAUGUGCAGCCUGAUGGUGAGUUAAACACCAUCUUAGGUAUGAAGAGCUAAACACAGUCAGCGUGAUGAAGAGCUGAACGUGGUCAGAGAUACGAAGAGCUAAAACCCGAUGAAUCGUAUGAAGAGCAACACGUUGGUCUGUUGUCAGAUCAUGUGAACACACUCAUGCACAGGUUGUGUUGAAUGUGUGUCAAAAAAAACAAAAACAAAGUUCUUAACAUGAAGGAGGAGAGUCCGGCUAACUCUUCCUCGGAAUGCGGAACUUACUCUUCUGGAGCUAUUCGGGUGACCACUCUGAGGCAGUUGUCCUCGGCGAAGGUGUGUUCGUGGAAGAGAACCCAUUCUGGCAGACCUUCUUUUGGGUUGUUGGCUCCGUAAGCAGACUGAGGCUGGAUCUGCGCCACAUGUUUGUUUGUCAAAAUGAAAUAGUUUCCCGAUCCAUCCACAUCCCGAGCCACCUGGAGCCGACCAGAGACAGACAUGGCAGACGACAGGGGAGGAGUAGUGAGGAGUAAAAUAUGUUUGGCUUUUACAGCUUACAAUUUCUCAACCAAAUGAGUUAAAAACUGCAAAACUUGUUUAGUUAUUUUUGUCUUUUUGCUUGUUUCCUCACAUUUUCUUGAUUUUUUAUUAGAAUUUAAAGUAUUUCUAUAAUUUUUCAGGUCAGCUUUUUCACAUUAAAAUUCAGUCCAUUUAUUUGACAAUCAUUUUUCUAUUGAAAACUCAAUUGUUUCUAAUGCCAUAGUUUCGUCUAUAACACAUUAGAGUGCUGUAAAAUUGAUCCAUUUUUCACAUUAUUACAUUUCCAUUGUUCAUGGAAUAUGCACUAUCUCACAUGUAGACU